AUGCCAAGCGACGCGGGCGGUCUCCUUGCGUCAAUGUCGAUGCCUCUACCACACAUCAGCACCACUAAAGGCUUUAAUAUUGCAGCGCGUACGAAGCUUCGUGCAGAAACGAGCAAGAUAAUGGGCUGCGUCGUUAAAUAUUACGAAGAGGAGCUCGAUCCACCACGUGUGGUGUCUGGUAAUGAUUGUGCCAUUCAUACCGACAUAAACAAGACGACGACGGAAAGCGUAGAUAGAGACAUAGACAGUGCUUCAGUGAAGGACCUGAUUACUCCUGUCCAAGUACAAACAAAGACAACAGAAGGGUCAGAUACAUUAACAAGUUGGCAAGAUGAUCAAGAUCAGACGUGCAAGAGCUGUCUAGUACGGCGUGGUGAGUCAUGCUGUCGGUGGAAGACGCUGGAACUAAUUACUCAAGACAUAAGUUUAAGGUGGGACUAUUUUACACUCAAGCAAAGUGGAAACGAGUGGCUACGUCGAGUCAUUUUGAUGAACGAUAUGUCAUCAGUAAAGAAAAAAGAGAUGGUGUCAGAUGUACAGGAGUUGUGGAAUUACAGCACAGAAUCUCCUACGAAGGAGUCUCUUAGUCAGAUUGACGAGCUACAAAAAGCACAAUUCUCGUUGCUCGAGCCACGACGGAUUCAAUGUGAUUGGCAUGACAUGCACGUGUCUGGAAAAGGAUUUCUUUACGAUGAAUCAGGCAAAUUUCUUCAAAAGAUGAUUCGAGCAAAUGCUCAAGUGACGCUUCUCGUAAAAGAUAUUGUCGUGCCAAAUGUGUUUGACAAUGAUUGGGGACGGCCACUUUACAGCGUUUAUCCUGCGGAUGAUAUGGGGGAGCUACAGCAGCUUUUACUUCCAUCUGAUCUGGUACGAAACGAUGAAGCGAAGGUUAAUAGUGCGCCAUCAAAAACCAUAUCAAUUGCGAGUGGAUAUUUACAUAAUCUUCAGCGCACCGAUAUCUCGCUGACAAUGGCAUCCAUGAACAUUCCAAGUGUGUGGAACCACGCAGUCACUCUGAAUGGCAUAAAAAAUUUGUUCACUGAGGAGCUGAAGACGGUGGUAACACAACCAAAAUCGCCUGUGUCUUCCACAUGUAUUUCAGUGCCAGUCCCGUGUCAGGCUAAUGGCAUUGGAUCAAAGCCAGCAAUUACGUCACCAGAGGUGUCACCAAGCGUGAAAAGAAAUGACAGCCGCAAUGAUCUACUCCCUGAAGGUGGUCCGCUGCCACUAGCGCCUGUAAGACUGGCAGCCACCGCUGAUCUGAGCACUGACUAUUUUUUGAGCGACACAUUCCUGAGGUGUAAUUGGAGUGACGUACCAGAAGACAUCAAUCCGGAGGAUGCCAGCUCCAAAGAGGAUAUGAAUUCAAAAUAUUCCAAAGAACCUUUACAGUACAACCAACUUCUUCAGCAGAUAGCUCGACCAGCAUUGUGGGACUUGAUGCGUAAGAAGUUGCUCCAGGUGGAUGUGGCAUCUUUUCAGCGAGCUCUUGAUCGCGUGAGUUUGGAAGCACUAGAAGCGAUAAUCUAUAAGCAGUGCCAGGUAGUGAGGAAAAUGAGCCUGAACCCUUCCGCAUUCUCAAGUAUUGAUAUAGUCGAGGCUUGCGCCAGUCUUCGUCAAGCUACUUGGCUUCAUACUUUGCGAAUCGUGUCAAUUGGUCAGAUAGCUGCUGCUCGUAAUGGCGAGAUGAUGGCGGCGAUUCUGUCUAGAAUCCUUCCUAGUGCCAAGUACAAGCUCUUACUGGGACCUUCCAACUGGAAAGAUCUGCUGACACUCUUGGAAGUGAUCGGAGCGCGCGGAGAACCUUCAGGCAAUGCGAUCAAACUCGCUGUGCAAGAAACCUCAAGCAGCAUAUCAGAGAACGAUUCGACACCUCAGCCACCUCAAAAAAGGCAAAGACUUCUUCAAGCGGAGAAAGAGAACAUACCUGUUCGCGUCUUGUGCUCAGUCCAGUUUCUGCAGCAGGAUGAGCUUCUAGAUGAACUUUGUACGAAGCAUCAGAUCUCUUUUAUCGAGCGAGAUCUUCCAUCACCAAUUGACAUGUUAGUCGACGAAAGAAACUGCAUCUGUGUGGUGACCGGUGCCAUAUUCCAAGUCGAAACGAGUUUAAAAAACUUUAUUUUCAGCUUAGCUCGUUUGCAGCUUCAAUUCCAAAAGUGCUGGUUUGUUAUCGUCCUCGAUAAACCCCCAGCUACAGGCAUGGAAGACGCGAUGAAUUUGUUCUUCUCAGCGCUUGUGCAAUUUCGGGUUGAAAUCCAAGUGCUUACCAGUUUUUCGUGUGAGGAAGCUGGCCGCUUCGUGCGCGCGAUCGUCAAUCAAUGCGCCGAAACUGCCCUGAAUGAUCACCUUGUUCUACCCCGCAUGUGGUUCGAGCGCCCGUUCUUGCUAGAAGACGAGUCGCAAUUCGAACGUUUUCUCGUGUCGACGAAAAUCAUCAAUAACUACGCAGCACAGUCACUUCUUCAUAAGAUCUGCAUGGAAGAUCUAUUCUCCAAAGGCAUUAACGAGCUAAAGCUUCUCGUCCAGAAUGCAGUGACCGAGCAGCAAUUAGAGCUACUUUGGAGACUUAUGCAGCAGGGACACGGACUCAAUGGUGCUUUGCAUUAA